AGGGCUUUUGAAAACUGGGAAGGUGGAUCCAAAUCUUGCGUUCUGCCAUGUAAUGACAAGGACUGGUGAGAAGAAUCAAGCCCUGGAUGCAGGGAGACAAGGGAUCUUCCUACCUGAGGUGUGGAGCAGUCACCCGGCAGCAGACAUCUGCUUGCAGAUGAAAUACUUGUCCUGUAGCAGUUUCCAGGCCGUUAUGGGACUGAGUCUGGGGCCAUUACAUGGCGGCUGAUCCUUCUGCAUGGGGAACUCGGGACUGAGAGAAGAUUUUGACUCGAAAGCACAGGAAAGCUAGGACCACCAUGAAGACACUGACUCCCAGAGAGCAGGCAAAAGGUUUGCCUUCUAAGGCUACUGAUAUAUUCCAAAAGGAGAAGAGGAAGCCUGGAUUACAGGAGCCAGUUACCUUUGAGGAUGUCACCGUGGUCUUCACAGAGGCAGAAUGGGAAAGACUGAGCUCCGAGCAGAAGACCCUGUACAAAGAGGUGAUGCUGGAGAUCUAUGGGAAUCUGCUCUCCUUGGGUGAGGCAGAACCAAAGUCAGCAACUCACCCUGACUCUUCCGGCCUGCUGCCUUCCUCCUGUCGGCAAUUCCUCAGCCAACACGUGCUUCAGAUCUGCCCAGGCGUGAGCGCAGAGCACCACUCCCACCCGGGGGCUUCCAGUGUGGGGCAUGGGAAGCACUCAGAGGAGAAGCCAGAGCAGCAGGAUUCUGGUCAGGGCUGCUGGAGUGAAAACUCAGAUGGUCAAGAGAAAGAAGACAUCUCCAAACGCUUGUGUGUGAAGAUGAGGCGGAGAAAGACUUCCAGGACAUUCUUUAGCUCAGCCCAGAGAAAGUCUGCAAGAGAAGACCAUAUAGGGGUAGUAGAGCCCAACUCCACUCGACCAAUGAUGUCUGCGGGAACAAAGAGAGCGAUGAAGGAAUUAGAAGCCUCAGGGCGUGGAGCAGUCAACCAGAGAGAAGACGGACCGGAUGUUGGUCUAAAGUCAAAUGUGAUCACCAACCAGAAGUCCUUCCUCCGGGAGAAGCCCCAUGUGUGUAGCGAGUGUGGGCGAGGCUUUAGUUACAAGUCAGUUCUCCUCAUACACCAGAGGACACACUCAGGGGAGAAGCCAUGUGUGUGCCAGGAGUGUGGCCGAGGUUUUAACUACAGGUCAACCCUCCUCAUACACCAGAGGACACACUCAGGGGAGAAGCCUUACAUGUGCCUCCAGUGUGGCCGAGGUUUUACCCAAAAGUCAGGCCUUCUUAACCACCAAAAUACACACUCAGGCGAGAAGCCACACAUGUGCAAGGAGUGUGGGCGAGGCUUUACCCAAAAGUCAGUCCUCUUCAUGCACCAGAGGACACACUCAGGGGAGAAGCCACAUGUGUGCAAGGAGUGUGGGCGAGGCUUUACCCAGAAUUCAUCUCUCAUCAGACAUCAGAGGACACACUCAGGGGAGAAACCACAUGUGUGUAAGGAGUGUGGGCGAGGCUUUAGCCACAAGUCCCACUUGAUCUCACACCAGAGGACACACUCAGAUAAGAAGCCAUAUGUGUGCGGUGAGUGUGGGCGAGGCUUCACCCAGAAGUCAGGCCUCCUGAUCCACCAAAGGACACACUCCGGGGAGAAACCGUAUGUGUGCAAGGAGUGUGGCCGCGGCUUUACCCAGAAGUCCCACCUCAUCAUCCACCAGAGUACACACUCAGGUGAGAAACCACAUCUGUGCAAGGACUGUGGGCGAAGCUUUAGUCACAAGUCAACCCUCGUCAUCCACCAGAGGACACACUCGGGCGAGAAGCCCUAUGUUUGUGGAUGUGGCCGAGGGUUUACCCAGAAAUCAGUCCUCCUCAUGCACCAGAGCACACACUCCGGGGAGAGGCUGUAUGUUUGCAACGAGUGUGGCCGAGGCUUUAAGUGGAAGUCAGGCUUCCUGUACCACCGGAAGACGCACUCUGGGGAGAAACCCUAUGUGUGUGGUGAGUGCGGGCGACGCUUUACCCAGAAGUCAGGCCUCCUCAUGCACCAGCGGACACACUCAGGGGAGAAGCCCCAUGAGUGUCAGGAGUGCGGGCGAGGCUUUACCCAGAAGUCCGGCCUCCUCAUGCACCAGCGGACACACACCGGGGAGAAGCCUCAUGGGUGUCAGGAGUGUGGGCGGCGCUUCAGCUCCAAACAAAGCCUCCUUCGCCAUCAGCGGGCUCACUUGGGAUAAGCCCCAGGCCUGCCAUGAGGAUGGCCCAGACAGCAUCAGGCACACUCCGAUGUCUGCCGUGAGUAUGGCCAAGGGUUUAACUGAGUCCUUCCUCUGCCUGAGGACACAAAACAGAAGGUCUAUGCAGGGAAACUGGGGAGCAAUUGGAGAAAAGGGCACUAUUCCCUCUACAUCAGAGAACAGGGUUUUUAAAAAAAUCAUUUUAUUGGGGGGCUCUUAUAAAUCUUAUAGUAAUCCAACAUUCAGUUGUAUU